CUGAGCCUGAGACGAGGAAACCGUCCUGCUACCUGGACAGCAGUCCAGUCUGGUCUUCACACCCCGCCCGGCUGGACGACAGCAGGAGGGAGGAAGGACUGUUCCUCUGCUUCUCGUGGUUUCAGGUUUCUCUUUGUUUUUCACUUCUCUGCUCACAUGACUGAAAACGCUCCUUUCUCUCCCACUCCUUCAUAUUUCUGCAGCACCGAGAGACGUUCUGCUGGCCGCUCUGUCCUCCGGUCCAGCAUGUGGAGACGAGCAUUCUGCUAACAGGAAGAGAAAAGGCAAACCAUGAAGUUUCUGUUGACGUCAUCCUGUGAACCUGAGUCCUCCGUCGGUGUGCUCCGUCCUGAGCUGAAGAAGCCUCGGUCCAGAUGGAGCUCACCUGAUCAGUGUGUUCGUUCAUGGUGAAGACAGAGACGAGAGAGAGCAGACAGCACUGCAGCAGAUCAGGCUUCACGCCGAUCAGGAGCUGCUGAUGUUUUCACUGCAGCAUUUCUUCAGUCCACUGGAACUCCUCCGAGACGCCAACUACGCCCAGAUCACCGCUCUGAGCCUGGAAGGAUGGAAGCUGCUUCCUCAAGCCUCUUUACUUAUUGUCCAGAGUUGUCCUGGCCGGUUGGUUGUGCUGAUUUCAUGAUGAAGUCAACAUGAAGCCGGCGGACCAGCAGGAGCAGCACUGAGCUCAGUCCAGCUGGAGGAGCCCGCACCAGCUCAGCCGUCCAUCCAACGCUGCCACAUAGAUAUGAAUGGAAAAGUGAAAACUGCUGACGAGAAGAGCCUCAACUCCAAACGCACCACCAUGGUUUCAGAUCUGUCUCCAGCAGCACAGUCCUUCUCUCGGACGUCUCGUACUCCCAGGAAGGCCGCCACGUUUGGGAAGCGCUCCAACUCCAUGCGCAGGAAUCCCAAAGCGGAGGUUGUGAAACAAGGAUGGCUGCACAAGCAGGCCAGCAGUGGCGUGAAGCAGUGGAACAGGCGGUGGUUCGUCCUGGCUGACAGAUGUCUCUUCUACUACAAAGAUGAGAAGGAGGACACUGUGUUAGGGAGCUUGCCCCUGCUCAGCUUCCGGAUCGGAGGAGUCCAGGCUGCAGAUAACAUAACUCGCAAGUUUGCCUUUAAGGCGUGGCUGGAGGAAGAGGAGGAGGAGGAGGAGGACGACGAGGACCUGAAGGCUCCGGUUGUGUUUUGCAUGCAGGCGGAGCACGCCGGGACCAGGACCUACUACUUCAGCGCAGACAGCCAUGAGGAGCAGGGGGAGUGGAUCCGAGCCAUGAACGGCGCUGCAGAGGUCCACGGUGACCGGCUCAUACAGAGAAAUAACCAAGACCAUCUCAACCCCGCCAUGGUGACCAAGGAGCCGGACCCGCCGACGCACCAGUCCGUGUCCACCCAGAGCGAGAGCGACGGCGUGCCGCCCCCCCAUCCCGACACCCGCAGCCUGGGAACGCCGCCAGCCUCCAGCCCCUGCUCCGACCCGCCGGGGACGCAGAGCGACGGACGGCGGGGACGCCAGCCCAAAGCGGCCGAGGUGCAGGACGAAGGGGGGCGGCCCGGACCCGACACCCACCAGCACCCCAACGGCUGGAGCGGCUACGACCCCCCCGACAGCAACGGCAAGGCGCCGCCGCCCCGGGGUCACGGCCACCAUCCCUCCGCCGACAAACAGUCUCAGACCCACGACGGCAAGGACCCCCAGGAGCACGUGGUGCUGAGGCGGGGCUUCGUGCCGAGGACCGCCCCGGAGCGGGUGGCUCAGAGGAAGAGCUCCAUGGCUCAGCUGCAGCAGUGGGUCAACCAGCGGCGGGGCGUCAACUUCCAGGACGACCUGAGCAGCCCGACUCACUACUUCCCCGUGAACAGGAUGCUGUCCUCGGACUACUACUCCUACGCCGGCGGCUCCCAGUACCUGGACGAGUACCCGCUGUACCCCGUGGGGGUCCGGCCGGACAGCAUCUGCUCCGUGUCGGCGGUGGGGGGGUACGACCGCCACUGGACGGUCAAGGAGAAGCGGCGCUCGCUGCGAGACGGGGGCCACCUGUACGGACCCCCCACGCCCCGGGACUCGUGGGGGCCGCAGUAUUACGGCGGGAUGGAGACGUCCAUGAGGCGCCUGUCCAUCCAGCCCCGCUCCAGGUCCGUCCCGCGGUCCCCCUCAUCUUCGUCGGGGGGGCAUUACUCCCCGGUGCCGCCUAACUUCGCCUCGCCGGCCCGAUCGACGUCGACCCGCUUCGACCGGUUUCCAGGCAGGAUGAGGGACGACCUGAUCUACGCGGACCCGUCCGUUUACAGCCUGAGGAGGUCCCUGAGCUCCCCCAAGUAUGAUUUUCCUGGUGAUAGGAGGUCCUUAAACCAGGGACUGUUCCAGCACAGCUACCCUGUUUCCCCCUCUAUCCACAGUAAAAUGGUGCCUCCGUUCCAUGAUGUCUACAGUAGAGAACUACACCCAACUCUGAAACUCAACGAGAUUGAAACCAGCAAACUGUUGGGCCGGCUCUGUGAGCAGAACCGGAUCCUGAGAGACCACGAGACUGUCGUACACAGGCUGAGAAUGGAUAAGGACAGCCUGGAGGAGGCGCUAGUGGCCACUCACCAGGAGAUGGAGUUCUACCAAAACCAGCCUUUAAUCCUUGAAAAGCUGCAGCUGAAGAAGGAAGCCCACCAGAACCAGCUCAUCAACAUCAGAGGGGAGCUCUCCCAGGCCUCCAGCGCUUUAACCACCACUCGUAUGGAGUUCGAAGCUUUAGAGGACGAAGCAAACGCCAUCCAUGGAGAUCUGUGGGAGCAGCUUAACGCAGGUGGACAGAAUGAACUUGUUCGUCGACACAUUCAAAAAGAGUUUUGGAGGGUCCAGGAUGUGUUAGAGGGACUGCACAAGAACAACUCUUCCAGAGGCACGGACACUGCCAAGCACAGAGUGACCAGCGGUGCUUCAGGCUCCUUUAGCACUAAUAGUUCAGCCAGUCCCCUGAGCUCUGUAAGCCUAACCAGUCCACUCAGUCCCUAUUCCUCAAUGCUGGGCUGCCAGGCCUCCCCCACCAAACAGUUUGGACCGGAGGAAAGUGUCCCUCCCAGACCUCCACUCCCAAAGUCGUAUUACCCUCUGGAGCCUUCCUCCACCUUUCCUCCCUCCAUCCCUCCUCUGCCUUUUGACAGCACCGCUUGGCUCUGCAGCUUGGGCAUUGAUGGUUACCUUGAUGGUGAAGAUUCUCACAUCAGAAAGCCUGCAUUUGGAGAGCUGAGCGCUACUGGUGACGUGCAGGAUCAAGUCCACGACAGACUGUCCAGCACCAACAAAGUCGGCAUUGUUCCCCCGAGAACAAAGUCGCCCACCGAUGAAUUACACAGGAGCUCUGCUGGACACAGCAGCAGAUUACCCAAUGGAGGUGGAAGGGAACGUCCAAAGAGCGCCGUGUUUCCAGCAGAGGUCAAGUCAAAGAUGAGCAUCGAAGAGCAGAACGAGCGAAUCCGUCGCCAUCAGAGCAGCUCCAUGAGGGACAAGAGGAGGAGCCUCAACCUGUCCAGUGGUCAGUCUCCAGCCAACUACAGAGUGGUCCGGAGGCGGCUCACAGCUCAUGAGAUUGACAUUAAAGACCUGGAGGUCGCUGUUCGAGGCCAAGGACACGAGUCUCCAGGAGAAGAGAUCGCUCGCCUGCGGCGGCUGCACGUCGAGCCCGAAGCCAGCGACAUGAAGGCGGAGCUGGCGGAUCAUGAGGGGUUUGUGAUCCCCGAGCGGUACCUGGACGUGGAGGACGAUGCUCCCAUGAGCCCCGAGGAGCAGAAGGAGAAGCAGAAGAAACUGGAGCGCAUCAAAACUCUCAUCGCCAAAUCAAACUUGCAGAACAUGGUUCCCCUCCUGGACGGCCCGGCGGACGGGGCGGCGCCGCCCAGCUCCCAGCAGCAGCUGCAGGAGCAGGAGAAGCGGAUCGAGAUCUCCUGCGCUCUGGCGGCCGAGGCGUCCCGCCGCAGCCGCCUGCUCUCCGCCCAGUGCACCUCCAGCCCCACCACCCCCCCGUCCACCCUGGGUCCUCCCCCCUCCUCCGCUGACUUCCCCUCCUCCGCCGCCGCUCACACCAUGAAGGUGUGACGUUCACAAGUUCAAGCCCUGGCUGCCGUGAAGUUCGAAGGAGCGUCUUUCUGAGGAUCGGCUGGAGACGGACGGCUUUGUGCUCCCAGCAGCGGGACCGACGCUCCAGACGGUCUGAGGGACCAGAGGACCUGCAGAAACCCCGACGCCGCUUUAAUCCAUCCGCUCACUCUGGGUGCCGGGCUGGUCUAGCAGGUCCAGCAGGUCCAGCAGGUCCAGCCGGUCCAGCAGGUCCAGCAGGUCCAGCAGGUCCAGCCGGUCCAGCAGGUCCAGCAGGUCCAGCAGGUCCAGCAGGUCCAGCAGGUCCAGCCG